UGCAAAAGUAGCUAAAUGGAUGGAUAAGCAUGUGCUCCUGACAAACUUCAAAAUUUCUGUAAUAGUUAUUUGAUCGGUUCACAAGAUGUUGCCACGUACAGUUAUGCAUGCAGUUCAGUUAUCUGUGACAAGCACAUCUAUGUAGCUGGGCUGGUCAGCGGUGGAGGAGUAGGAUAUUGACAUCAAUGCUCUCAUACAGAAGAAAUAAAUGGCUGCAGAUGGAAAUGGAAUGGACGGUUGGGACCCUCGUCUUGAUGACUAUGAGUGCCAGAAGUUCAACACAUAUGACCGAGGGCCAGGACAGUAUUUGCCCAGCAAAAUUGAGAGAAGCAAGUCUGAAGGUAUUCAGCUGUACAUCACUGGUAUUCCCAAUGAUCUGACAGAUGAUGGACUAUACAACCUGUUUUCCCAAGCGGGCGCUUGUCUUCGUACUAAGAAGUGUGUUUCUAAGAACCCUGAUGCUGGAGACACUUAUGGAUUUGUAAAUAUGGGAUCGGUUGCUGAUGCAGAUGCAGCGCUGGCCAAAUUCAACGAGUUCAAUAUUGGCCGCUUCCGAAUGCGGGUUAGAAUAGCAAUGUCAGAGGAGGAAAUGAAGAAACGAAAAGAAAAAAAAUUGGAGGAGGAAGAGUUCGUCAAGUCUUUACCUAGUCGAAGACCGAAAACAAAAACGGCUGUUGAGACCAGUACAGACAGCGAUAGUACAUCUGGAAGCCAACAGAAGGUGAAUGGCAGUACCAUGGGGAAGAAAAAGAACAAUCAAGACAUGAGCAAUGGACACGUAAUAGAUAGAGCUGGUGCACAGCAGUAUCCUCUGCCAGCCAGUGAAUAUGUUAGUGGAGGCUACCCUUAUGAGGGUAGCCACAACCCUCACAUGCAUGAAUGGGCUUCAAGGGGAAUAGGAUUACUCGGUUACUCACCAAACUCGCCAUAUCCACCACAGUCCUAUCAUUCAAACUCUCCAGGUAUAGUUGGUACUUCUCCUUAUCAACAUGGCAACCGUGGCAGGAUGUCACACAUGUGGGGCACGACUCAAUAUGGCAGACAAGUUGCUAUUGAGAAUGAACUGCAAUCUGCAGAUCCUGCUGUGUUACUCUGUCAAACGUGUCCAACUCUGAAUGAACGUUUCAACAUUAUAGAGAAUUUCAUGCAAGGUCAAAGAAGAGGCUACUACGGAUCUCCCAGGAGGGGUCGAGGAGUUCAACAUCAUUUCCCAAAUCCUUACUAUGAGGACUUUAGAUAUCAGGGUGGCUAUGGCCGUGGCUAUCCACAGGGUGGUCCAUCUUAUCAACCCAGGGGCAACUACCAUGGGGCUGGAGGACAGAGACAUUUUAACAAAAAACACCAUGAAGGUAACGGACGUGGGCAGCCCUAUAUGAACAACGAGAACUUCAGAGGUGCCAGGCAAGGCAACUUCCCUAAUCAAGGCCCGUUCCAAGUUCCUUUUGAGUGCCAAAGUUCUCAUCCUGGUAGCAUGGAAUCUCUGAACUCAAUUCCGGGCAAAGCAAUGCCCAAACAAAAGAUUGAAACCCACCCAUGUGCUCUCUGUGAAAAACCAGGGAGCUUCCAGUGCAGCAAGUGCAAGACAACGUACUGUUGUGUAGAUUGUCAGAAGGCUCACUGGGAUGAUCACAAGGAGCGCUGUAAAGAGAUACAGGCCUUCCAUAAGCAAAUGAAAAAAGAAGAUGAAGUAUUUGGUGAAAUUUCAAUAGGAGAGGAUUUAAUACAGAAAAUGGUCACUGGAGGUGCCCUUGAAAAAAUGGAAGAAGCGAAGAAAGAUGCGACACAGGGAGCACCCCAGGCAGAAAUAGAAGGCAAAACAGGAAAGCAACCAAAACCACAGGAGAAAACUCCCCCAAAGUCUGAAAAGUCGUCUAGUCCUAAGGGGGCGGGGACUAAGUCUCCGACCACAAAGGCGUCGCCACCACAACAGGAGAAUGCAGAAAAACACAGUAGCAAAGCACCUCCCAUGGCUUCACCAGACAUGGUCCCGCUCCAAGUUCAGAGACGUGCUGCUGAUACAAAAGAGCCCAUGAUCAAAACACCUCCAACACCUUCAGUGCCAAAACAAGCGCGUGGAAAAUGCUUGAGACUUUCCGAGAUUCCAAUCGGCUCUGAUAUUCAGGUUUGGGUAUCAGAAGUGAUUGACCCACACAACAUAUGGAUACAACAACCUAAUGAAGAAAACAUCCAGGCUCUGACCCUUCUCAUGGAUGAAAUGAAAACAAUUUACGACCAGACCAGUGAACAUGUAGCCUCCCCAGUGGUAGGGGAUGUCUACUCGGCCCAGUUCAGUCUGGACGGUAACUGGUACCGAGCCAAGGUGGAUGGCAGACAGGGGUCCGACAUGGUCACAGUCACCUACUUAGACUACGGAAACACAGAAACCGUGGCAAUCACCAAACUGCGCCAACUGCAAGAUAGUAUGACGACUCUGCCUGCUUUGGCUGUUAAGUGUAGCCUGGCAGAUGUGAGUCCAAAGAAGGAAGGUUGGGGAGAGGCUGUCGAUGUGCUCUUGUCCCUCAUACCACCAACAAUGGCCUCAGGGGUGGCGUAUAUGAUAAAGGCACGCUCUGGUCAAGGAGACUGUUAUGUAGUCGACAUGCUGGAUGGAAACGGUGAAGAUGUCCAAGGAAAGCUUGUGAAAGCUGGAGUUGUUAAAGUUCCUGAAGAGUCGACACUGGCCAGUGAAGCUGUUUCCUCUAGCCCACCUCUUGCCUAUAGUUCACUUCCUCUGAAUGAAAAAGUGCUGGUGCUGACAAUGGAUGUGUCAAGUCCUGAUGAAAUCUGGGUACAGGAAGGCAAUGUGGAUAAGAUCAAACAUGGAAUGUCCAUCACAGAUAAACUCAAUGAAAUGAUUAGCAAAACGAAACUGAGCUCUGUGACAGACGUCAGGCUGGGUGAGAUGUAUGCUGCAUACAGUGCCAAAGAUGCUGGCUGGUACCGUGCUCGUGUCGAUUCGAUUAGAGAAGAUGGAACUGUCAACGUUACCUACGUAGAAUUCGGCAACAAGGAGAAUGUGUCAUUAUCACAAAUGAAGGAGCUGGACUUGGCUAUGAAGUCUGAACCUCUAACUGGAGUACACUUGGUUCUUGAUGGCAUAGUAGCCCUACCUGGAGAAGCGACAUGGAGUGAUACCGCUAUAGCCACGCUCAAAGAAUUUGUUCUGCUGUCAGAUGUGGCACAAAUCUCCUACAUAGCCGAGGCUGUGGGCCGCACUGCCACCUACACUUCUGUCAGAAUGACGGAUAGUCAAGGUUGUGAUAUUGCUGAUAAGUUGGUAGAGGCUGGUGUUGUAAGGAAACUUGCUACUGAUGCCUCUGCAGACACUCCUGCUGCUCCAAAACAAGAGGGUGCUGCAGCCGAACCAGAGUUCAAAAGAAUUUCUGUGAUGGCUAAGGACCUGGGAAGUGUAGCCGACACCCUCAGCCCCAAUGAUGUUGUCCCCAUCAUGAUCACGGAUGUCACCUCCCCAGCUGAGUUUGUGGUACAGCUCAACCUCGAACCUCUCAUACGACCAUUUGCUACCUUCAGUGCAAAAAUCAAUAAUGCUAUGCAAUCCACGCCUGUUGGCUACAAGCCGCAGCAGGUUGGUGAACUGGUACUAGGGAUGUACGAGGGAGUUUGGUACAGGGCAGAGGUCAUCAGCCUCGAUGACAAGGAGGCAGAAGUUCGCUAUAUUGAUUUUGGUAAUAGCGAGAUGAAAGAGUUCUCUCUGUUGUCAGCUGCUAUUGAGUCUUGUGAUUCCUUACCUGCCCAGUCUGUCAGAUGUUGUUUAUAUGGAGUAAACCCUCCAGAGGUUUGGCCGCAGACUAUCCUUCAAUAUUUUGCAGCAUUGACAGAAAGCCCGCUUGAAGCGGAAUUCAAAUGUAUGAAGGACAAUAUAGCCUUGAUUGACAUAAAAGAAGAAACAGACAUGAGGACAGUCUCUUCGUCUAUCAAACUGGAACUGGAAAAUCAAAAGCCUGGGUCUGCACCUCCAGUUUCUACAGUGCCUGAAGUGGAGAACCCUAGUGUCUCUGCACCUCCAGUACAGGCAGUUAUUCCUAAAGUAAAUUCAGAUAAAGUCACAGACACGGGGCCUAUCAUGGCUUCCGAUGUUUCCGUGGAAACCCUACCAUGUACAAUUGAAGAAGCAGCCAUAUCAUCCAUUGUGGACUUUGAGUCUUUCUACAUACAACUCGCAAAAUUGGGGAGGAAAUUAGCGGAAUUACAGGAGAGUAUUUCAGUUUAUUGUGCUUCUGCUAGUCCAUACAAACCAGUUCAGGGUGAGUUGGUGUGUGCCAAGUAUUCCCUAGAUGAUCAGUGGUAUCGGGCCAAGGUGAUAGAGACACUGGAGGAAGGUCAAUUCAAUACUCAGUUUGUUGAUUACGGUAACUGUGAGGAGGUCGGUACAGACAAUAUCAGGAAGUUGGUUCCCUCACUUAAAUCUCUGCCCUGUCAGAGUAUUCAUUGUAAACUUCAUAAUGUCACCAACGAGGGCCAGUCACAAGAGACCCUCCAAGCCUUUGCUCAGAUAGUUGGGGGAGGUAAAGUCCAGGUGGAGGCACAGAACAUUGACGGAGGUGUGUUCUCCAUACUUCUCACUACCGCCGAUGGAGUCGACGUCAACAGUAUGUUCCAGGUAAAGGUCACGAGUAAUCACCAACUCUCCCCACAUCCUGAAGAACGGAAGACGGGGAAAGUUAAGCUGUCAGAGAUAGCAAAGUUUGAACCUCAGGAAAAACAGUUUGAUGUUGUCAUCUCGUAUGUUGCGAGUCCUGAAGAGUUCUACUGUCAGCUGGCCAGCACAGAAAACAUCCAAGCCCUGGAACUCCUGCUGCAGAAUAUCAUGUUACAAUGUGAGAUGGGGAACACAGACCCGUCAUUCACACAAGAGGUGGAUGACCUCUGCUGUGCUCACUUCACCGAUGGGUCGUGGAACAGAGCUGCCAUUGUGAAGGUUUUCCCUGACAAUACACUUCUUGUUCAUUUCCUCGAUUUUGGUAACACUGAGAUUGUGCCAAGGGACAAAGUGCGACCAAUUCUGCGCGAGUAUAUAGAACUUCCUGUACCGGCUUUCAAGUGUUCCUUACAAGGUUUGAGUCCGUUAGACACAAAUUGGACAAGAGAGGCCUCCAAUAAGCUUGAGACAUUCUACAACAAGAGACUGACGGUCCAGAUCCUUGGUAAGGUGGGCAGUCAGUACAUGGUGGAGCUGAGUGAAGGGGAUGUUAAAGUCUCCGAUCAAUUGGUUCAAGCUGGAUUUGCUAAGAGGGCUCAAGCAGAGCUCAGUUUACCACCGGACGAAGCUGGAGCUCAGCCUCCCAGCCCAGAUGAGGCCGACUCCAUCAAGCAACAGAUUGCUGCUCUCGAGGCACAACUACUGGAGUUAAACAAAAAGGAAAAGAAGGGUUAGAGAGACGAGAGUGAUUUGGCUUCAUGGUGAAGUUUUUAUGGCGGAUUACCGAAGCAGACCAAGAGAUUGAUUCUACCGGCUGCUGAUCGAUACCAACUGCAUUCAAGAAUACAUCUGUUUGCCUGGUAUUUGUAAAUGGACAAUCAACCAAACAUAUAGACCCAGGUGGAUUUACAGUUAGACAAUUGAGACGUUUCAAGAAGAAAAUGAGACACGUGUUGAUGUGAGCAAAUCCCAUGUGUUGUAAUAUUAACCAAUCGGUUGUAUUAGAAAAUCUGUAUAACACUCCGACACAAGAUGUGUAGACACAUGUUGGUACACCGUACCUUUGAUAGGUUUGGUGUAAGGUCACUGUCUUACUGCCUCGUCACAUCUUCAGCUUGUAGAUGAAAUCAGCCAGUUUUGAAUUUGUCUACAAGUAUUCCAUGCAGAAGAAAUGCCUUCUUGAUGAAACAGUAUGUCACAAAACAUAUAGAAUAAAUUAAUCUCUCAUUUCUACCAGGUCACAAAACAUAUAGAAUAAAUUAAUCUCUCAUUUCUACCAGGCCACAAUCCACCAGGUAACCAGUACUGGUUACCAUACAGUAAUUUUGAGUUGAUACUUACCAUUAUAUAUAUAUAUAUAUUUUUCGAAAUCACCCUCUUCUUAAUAUUGAUCUAGAAAGGGUGAAAACGUAAUGGCAAAACUUUUCCAUUUUCUGCAGUUUACUUCUACAGUGAUGGGUGUUUACACAAUUAAUAUGGGAGACAGAACGCUUUCUAUAUGCAAAAAAAUAAAUAGUAAUUGCUUCAAACAAGUCUCAUAUUUCAUGGAUCACAAUUAACUGUGAUAUAGUAACAGUUUUCUUCUGGCUCUUAUUCCGAGUGGUUUGUUUUGUUUGAGUAUCAUUGUGUACCAAGGUUAUCCUGUAUUAUCAGUUUGAAUAUAUGUGUUGGUUUAUAACUUCACCCUUUUAACCACGACAACAAUGUUGAACACAUGUAUGAAGAUUUUAAGUAGGAAACCUACAAUUUGAUCACAAGAUUGUGGAUUAUUUUUCUUAUAUUACCUACAACUGUGUAUUUUUUUUUAUUUUUUUAUUUUUGUUUUUUAUUCAUUGAGAUGAAUUGUUAGAAUUGAAUGCCAAGUUGUUUGGCUGCUGUUAAAUGAUAACCAAUUCAAUCUUAGCCUUAACAGUAAGUGUACAAUACCUUUUCAAAGUAAAUCUGAGUCUAUAUAUAUAUUAUAUAAUUAUAAUAAACAGUUAACCUUCUGCGAACAGAAGUAAUACAGGAAUCAAUCGGAGUGCACCUAGAAAACCUAAUAUGGGGCUAGAAAGCUAAGACCAUAAUCCUCCCAAAAAAUUCAUCCACUGGUAUUUCCAUCUCUCUAUGGAACUUGUGUGGUCAAGGAGAAUACAGUAUGUCCAAUGGUGUUUGGGUCUUAGUUUAUACCACAGCAUCAUCACAUUCUAUGAUCCUUUAGAAACAUUGAUUGUAUGAACACAAUUAUGAUGCCUUUUCUACCAAUUACAUGUAAUGAAACUGUAGUUUAGUGUAAUUAAAAUUGUAUUUUUGUUAAGUUUAGAUAUUUUUUAGGUGAUUCAAAUCUUAGAAGAAAAAAUCAAAAGAGGAGAUAUAGUUUGCAAUACUAAGAGAUUUGAUUGACUCUUAUCUUAAUAGAAGUUACAUAUAUUAUUUCGUUUAAAUUGAAUGUGUCUAAAGGCAAGUUAUAAGAUAUAUUGUGAGUGGUCUAAAGCCUUGCACUAGAUGUUCUGAAAUGACUGUCGUGGAAAUUAUAUCCAUGAUGGGAUCUUUUUUCCCCCUACGACCUUGUCACUUAUGAGUUCACUUCUUCUUCAGUAAUUUGAAGAACAGAGAGUUGAUUUUCUCAAUGGUAGAUAGCCGAGCUGAACUUUAUAUUAUAUAAAACAAAAAAUGUUAUCUUAUGGUUUCCAAUCCUGAUGAUUUGUUCCCCACCAGUACAACCAGAGGAGCUAACAGGAGGAUCUAUACUUUAUUAGUCAGUCUGUGUUUCAUUUUGGGGUAUAUACAGUACAGUAAAACCCCACUUACUCAAACUUUUGAGGCCAAGAUCAAGUGUUUAAAGGUUGGUCCUAGAUCAUCAAGUAUUUAUCUGUCAAAUCUAGAGUGAUAAUUAUUAAACAUGCGUACGUAUUGUAAAACAAUACGCAUGCUAUUCUUAAGCAUGUCGGCGAUAGCUAUGAGUAGUGAAACAAAUAUAAAAGGAACAUAAAUAAAGAUUUGCAACAUUAAAUCAGAUAAAAAAAAAAAAAUCUGAUAUAAACAGUGUUCGAUGUGAAACAUUUUCUGAUAUAAAAUUAGACAUGUGCAUAUAAAGCAAUGAAACGUAAAUCCUAGACGGUAGACUGUAGCCUUCACCCGAAGCAUUUUCACAGUACCGGUAAAUGUGCUACACAGGCAAAAUAUCUGUCGAGCGUGACAUGUCACACCUGUUUAGGUUGGAUUAACACUAUGACAAUAAAGAGCUUCGGACAAAUUUUUGUUCAAGGAAUACUGGGAAUUGGAGGAAUAACGGUCUGACUAAUCCAGGGUUACUGUACAAAGAAUAUGUACGAACUCGAUCUGGACAAAACAAACUUAAGACGAAUGAGGGGUAUUCAAGUAAACCGAGUUUGAGGAAGUGGGGUUUUACUGUAUACUCUUUCUUCUACAACUCACAAAGUUUAUGUAGAAAUUCCUUACGAGAUGAAAGAGUGUUUCAAAGUAUAAUCUGAUUUUGUGCCCCACUUUAUCCUUUAUGGUCGUUAGUUCAUCGUGCAACACUUUUUCUGGGUCAUAUACUAGUGUCUUCUACUCUCUCACCUAUACUUGCCAAAUUGUUUAUGCGAGUACCUCUUAGGAUGGCAGAGGGUUGCAAACUGAAAUUGUGUCACAUGCCCUACAGUAUACAAAUGUUUCCACACUGUGUUGAACGAUGAAAACUGACACAUCUUGAUAAACAUACACAUUGCCAGAGUAUUUUUAUGUUAUAUUGUACUGAUUUAUGUCGGUGACAUUACAAUACUCUACAAUAAAUGGAGGCAAAUUGAAAUCCUUUGGCAUCUUAUUCAAUAAAUGACUUCCAAAUAUGAAUAUAUUUGAGAGGUUGUGCAAGGAGGCACUAAACUUUGAUAAUAUAUAGGUGGAGGGGCUAUCAAAAGGUUUAUCAACAUUUGUAUGGUUGGCUUUAGCAAAAAUAUGAAAGUAGGUUGUAGGGUGUCUGCUUGUCUGCCCCAUCUUCCUAUAAUUAUUUUUUGAAUAACCCCCUAGUUUUACAUGUUACAUAGUGGAAUAUAUCUAACUUUUUUUUUUGUUACACACAUUCACAGGCACAUUUACCAUGGGUUUUAUAAAACUGUUAAUGAAAAUACAUCCUUUUAUUGUUUUUCUGAAAUGUUGUUAUCACUUUUGUUUAUAUAUUAGUUAUGAAUUUUUCUUCAUUUUCUUUUUCUUUUUUAAUCUUUUUUAAGGACUUGAGCAUACAUGUUUGUUGCCAUGUCCUCUGGUAUUGGUUAGAACUAAGGAUCUUUUCUAUAGACUUAGGGACAUACACACUUUUUAUUUUGAAACAGCUUCAAUAAUAUAACAUGUGAACACAAGAGUCAUUUAAUGUGUAUGAAAAUGGUGUUAGAUAUUGUCUAAAGAUAUGGAGAAAAAAAUUGAGAUGAUAUGAGGAAAAUGACUCUUCCGUUAAAGAUCUAUGGACAUCUUGUUGGCACUUUCGUGGAACCAUUCCACUAGUAGGUCCAUUGCUGUAAUCUCUGCAGUGUGGAACAUGUCACAACAUGCAGUGGUUACUCUUCCACUUGGUUAAGACUGAAGAUGGACUUUAAAACGCAUAAUGUUUUGCUCUCUUGUGUGUUUUAUGCAUACUUUAAGAAAAAAGAUGUUUUUCUUUUUGCAUAAUUUCUUCUGUGAUGUAGCAGAAAUGUUUUUAUUUCACUGUUAGAAUUCUAUUGUAUGAUAUGUGGUUUUGGUAAGGGAUUAUGUUUCCUGUAACCAGCAGUUGUUAAAUAAAUCUCCCUUAUUCCAGGUAUUACAUAUAGUGGGAUCAGACAGGUGGUGCUAUACUAUGUAUGUACUGGGAAACACUGUGUAACUUGAAAAACUUCUAAUUAAUGGUUUUACAAUAUAUAUAAUACAGUGAAACAUCGUAAAUCUGGGCUUAGUUAAUCAGGAAAACUUUACGUCUGGACAAUCAUUCUUUUAGAUGAAUUUAACAAUAAGUUUUUAGUUGCUGUCAAACCUGUCUAUAAGGACUACCCAAGGGAGAUAACAAACCUGUCUAUAAUAAAACUGCCCAAGGGAGAUAA